AUGGCAAACGAACCUAAGCUGCGAUGGUGGGUGUUGUUGAUUAUUCCAUUGGUGAUCUCAAACUUGCAAACUUGGGCUUAUGGAGAACCUCAAGCGCCUUGUUACUUUGUUUUCGGAGACUCACUUUUUGAUAAUGGAAACAACAACCCUCUUCUGACGGUGGCAAAAUCCAAUUACCCCCCUUAUGGGAUUGACUUUCGCAAAGGGCCUACUGGAAGGUUUAGCAAUGGCAACAAUACAGCAGAUGUCAUUGGUCUGCUUCUUCCUCUUUUAUCUCCUUUUGCUUAA